GAGUGCUGAGAAAAUAUUAGUUUGCAACAAAAUAACCCAAUAACUCUAUAUAGUGUCGCGGACAAAAAUCUUACAAGUUUCCUAGACUUUUCUUUUUUGAACGCUCGCGUAGAACGUUCUGUUUACAGAUAGAACUACGACAGGGUAACGUGGCUAAGGGACACGUAGUUGCGGGCCUAGAUACCAUAGAUUUAUAAAUUUAUCAAACGAUGAGAUUAAUUAAAAACAAAUAUAAGAUAUUUUGUGAUAUGUGCAAUCUCCAGUGGUUAAAGGAUCACAGGACUGAACAGAACUAGACCUGAUUAAAACUGUCAUUACAAGAAGGAUGUUUACUACAUUGUUAGCACUCGGUGUCAUUGUGUAUUUGUUACUUUAUUUUUACGUACAAUAUGGGCGAGAUGGGCAACUUAUCAAUAAUAUACCAGGCCCAUCAGGUUAUCCAAUUAUUGGUCAUAUACACCUAUUUGCAUUUUCUUCAUCAGAGGAACUGUGGAAGACUUACGCGGAAAUAACUGCCCAGUAUUCUAUUUUAAAAGUAUGGGUAUUCUUGUCGUCUGUGGUAUCAAUCCGCCAUCCCGAUGAUCUGGAGGUAAUACUAAGUAGCACAAACUAUAUCGAGAAGAGUAAAAUAUAUGAUAUAAUACAUCCUUGGUUGCAGACGGGUCUUCUCACUAGUGGAGGGGCUAAGUGGCAUACACGGCGAAAAAUAUUAACUCCCACGUUCCAUUUUAACAUAUUGCAAAAAUUUGUUGAGAUUUUAAUCGAAGAAAGUGAGAGCAUGACAAAGUCUUUGAAAAAAAAAGGGGGCACAGUGGUAAAAGAUUUAAUGCCAUUCCUUAGUGAACAUACGCUUAAUGCAAUAUGCGAAACUGCCAUGGGCAUCUCUUUACAAGGAAUGGGAUCAUUUCAGCAACGGUAUCGAAACGCAGUUCAUCAGAUGUGCCAACUUGUAAUUUAUAGAUUAAUGAGGCCUUGGUUGUACCUCAAUUGGAUAUUCUCGUUAACGCCAACAGGUAGAAAGCAACUAAAGGUCUUGAACAUAUUGCACACAUUUACUGAAAAAAUUAUUGCAGAAAGAAAAAGUUAUCUUAAACUCACCAAUGGGCAAUACUUGAAAAACAUUAACAAUGAUGUAGAAGAAGAUGAUGCCGAAAUUAAAGGAACUCGAAAAAAGCGGCUUGCAAUGUUGGAUCUUUUAAUACUGGCGUCUGAAGAGGGUCUUCUAACUGAUUCAGAUAUUAAAGAAGAAGUUGAUACAUUUGUAUUUGAGGGUCAUGAUACUAUAGCGACGGCUCUAUGUUAUGCUUUAUCAUUAUUGGCUGAACACAAGGACAUUCAGGUAUUUGCCUUAAGUGAGAACAUAGUGAUUAAAAGAAAAUAUUAAAUAAUCCUUUCAACUCAACAAACU